CACUUAUUACAUUAAAGUAUCGAUGGAUAGGCACAAUUGGUUGCGUGUAAUAGAUCAUUCAAAUUAUCAUUGUCGGUCAAUUCAACGUUUGUGGAUUAACCGAAGAUUUGUUAGGUACAUCCGUAUUAUUGGCACCAAUAAUACUAGUAAUAAGACGUUUAACUUUUUGAAAGUCAUGUACAAUACAGACAAAUUGCACUUAGUGGAAAUCAAAAACGGAUUAGUGGCUCCGAAGUACAAUGUUGCUUUACCAUCUAUGGAUUUAGCUGUAAACAAAAGACAACCAGAUUGUUUACAGGUUCAACUCGCCCAACCGUAUGUGCUUAGUUCAAUGAGGUUGCUGCUCAAUGACGGCGAAAGCCGAACCUCUGGUUACAUUGUUCAUGUUUCGGUCAAUGAUGAAGAUUGGGAUAUGAUUGUAGAUAAAUCUAAUAAGUCGGCACGAUCGUGGCAGUUGUUGAAUUUUGAUCCAAGGAUGAUAGUGUACAUACGUGUUACUGCCGUUCGCACUUCAAAAAAAGACGAAUUUCUUAGAUGUGUUAAUUUGGAGGCACCUGCUCAAGUGGAUUCCAACGGCACCCCAAAACAGUCUUGGUCGAUAUUACGGCUUUUAGGUCGUUCAUAGCGCCAUCGUUCGCCCGAAGGCCUACUUCUAUGUGG